UUUUUUUUUGUUUGUUUGAAAUGUGUUUGAUUGAAAUCGGUGUUUGCCCAGCCAAAAUGGCCCAGCAUCGUUCGCUUGUCCGACUGUAUCUGCCCACCUAGAGGAGAUCGCCGUUGCCCAAAUGAAUGCCCAGCAGCCGCUGAUCCUGGAGCAGCCCACCAAGGCCAGCAAUGUUGUUGUUGUUGCCCCAGCAGUUGCGGCAGCAGCGGAAAUAGAGGCAACAACGCGAACGGAAGCGGUAACGGAGGCAAGUUCGGCCACCAACUCGGAAACCAACUCGAACUCGAACUCCAACUCCCAGCUGAAUGGUGGCUCCCAUGAGGAGCAGCGGAUCAUCAAUGGCAACCAUGGCUGUCGGCGUAUUAGCCAGGCGGAUCAGCAGGAUCAGCUGGAACGGGAUGAUGAGGACGAGCAGCAGGUCAAGGAUGUGGUGGCCAAUAAGCUGACCAUCAUCAAGACGCCGCUGAACAAGACGCUGCUCAAGAAGUGCAACACCACCAAUGGCAGCCUGCAACUGCCACAUAGUGGCAACAAUGGCAACAGCAACAGCAACAAUAAUAGUAGCCGCAACAGCAACAACAGCAGCAACAACAGCAGCAACAGCAACAACAACAACAGUGCGGCCAGCGAUGACGUAGACGGCGCCUGCGAUUCCGGUUUGCAAAGCGGAAAUAGCAAUGAACAAGAAGCAUUUGCCAACAACGAUCGCCACCAUCACAUUUACCACCACCAUCACCAUCACUAUCAUCAUCACCAUGGCGGCGAUAAGGGCGAGGCUGGUGGCGAUGUUGCAUCCUCCUCCUCCGCGGAUCUGAGCACGCAGGUCAAGGAGGAGCCCAGCGUACUGGAGAGUGACAAUCAUCUGAAGGCAGGAGCAGCGGGAGCAGCAGGAGCAGCAGUAGCAGUUGCAGCAGCCACACCUGCCACAGAAGGAGGAGGAACAGGAGCU